AUGAAAUACGCAAUCUCAGCCUUGGCGCUUGCGGCCCUUUCCCAGGGCCACGCCAUUUUCCAGGUCGUCUCCGUCAACGGUGUCGAGGCCCCUCCCCUUUCCGGGCUACGAGCUCCCGGCAUCAACAAUCCGGUUGAGGAUGUCAGCUCGAAUGAUUUGACUUGCGGUCUCGUCACGCAUACUUCAACUGAUGUGAUUGAAGUUGAGGCUGGCGAUGAGAUCGGCGCCUGGUAUCAACACGUCCUUGGCGGCGAACAAUACCCUGGAGACGUCGACAACCCGAUUGCCGCAUCCCAUAAGGGACCUAUCACUGCAUGGCUUGCAAAGGUCGAAGACGCUGCGACGUCGUCCCACGCCAACCUUGAGUGGUUCAAGAUUGCCGAAGACGGCUUUGACAACACGAGGGGCAUUUGGGGCGUCGACAACCUGCUACAGCAGGAUGGCUGGACCUACUUUGGUAUUCCAGAAUGCAUCGCACCCGGGGACUACAUUUUGCGCGUGGAGCUUUUGGCCCUUCAUUCUGCUUAUGUUCCCAGGGGCUCGCAGUUUUACACUUCGUGUGUCAACUUGAGAGUCACCCGUGGAGGGAACUUUGCACCAGAAGAGACUUUUGCUAUCCCCGGUGUCUAUGAGGCGAACGACCCGGCAAUCACCAUCAUGAUCUACGGCAACACGGGGAAGCCGGACAACAAUCUGAAGCCAUACACGCCUGCUGGCCCGAGGCCCAUCACUUGCUGA